AUGUCUUCAGUAUCUAAUUGUCCUCCUGUUUAUAACAAAUCACAUAUUACUUAUAUAUGUGAGAAUUGUAAUAAAGGUGUUAGUGUAAAUGAAGCAAAUUAUUUAAAAGAGUGUGCUAUAAUACGAUUACCUAAUAAUAAGGAAUAUCCAGUAAGGAUUUUAAAACCGACAAUUGGACCUGAUAUAAUUUUAGAUGUAAGAGAAUUUCAUUCUUCUUAUGGUAUCAUGUUAUAUGAUCCAGGAUAUACAUCUACUGCAUCUUGCUGUUCAGCAAUAACAUAUGUAAAUGGAGAAGAAGGUAUUUGUAUGUAUAGAGGAUAUAAGGUUGUUGAUUUAAUAAAUAGUGGAUAUGAUUAUCAAGAAGUGUGUUACUUAUUAUUAUAUGGUGAAUUACCGCAGGCUAGUAUGUUAAUUGCUUUUCAAAAACAGAUAGAGGAACAAAUUUUAAUUCAUGAAAAAUUAAGACAUAUUUAUGAUGGUUUUAUAACAGGGGCACAUCCAAUGUCAAUAUUAGGAUCUGUAACAGCUGCAAUGGCAAGUUUACAUGAUAAUCCACUAGAUAAUAGUGAUUGGGAAGAACGUGAAUUAGCUAUAAUUCGGAUUCUUGCUAAGAUGCCAACAAUGGUAGCAUGGGCUUAUAAAAAUUCAAUUGGAGAGCCUUUAAUAUAUCCAAGAGGAGAUUUGUCAUAUACUGAUAAUUUUUUACAUAUGAUGUUUACAACAACUAAACCCUAUGUUAGUGAUCCAAUGAAGACAAAGAUUUUAGAUACAUUUUUUAUUAUACAUGCAGAUCAUGAACAAAAUGCUUCUACAUCUACUGUUAGAACUGUAGGGAGUAGUAGGACAAAUCCAUAUACUUGUAUUAGUGCAGGAAUAGCAGCAUUAUGGGGAAGAGCUCAUGGAGGAGCUAAUGAAGCUGUAAUUCAUAUGCUAAGAGAAAUUGGUUGUAAAGAAAAUAUCAAUAAAUUUGUUGCAGAUGUUAAAUCUAGGAAAAAACGUUUAAUGGGAUUUGGGCAUAGAAUUUAUAAAAAUUAUGAUCCUAGAGCAAAAGUAAUGCGGAGUUUAUGUUUGGAAUGGUUUGAAAGAGUAGGAAAGAAAGACAUUCUAUUGGAAUUGGCGUUAGAAUUAGAAGAAGUAGCUUUAAAUGACGAUUAUUUUUUAGAAAGACGUUUAUAUCCAAAUGUAGACUAUUAUAGUGGAAUAUUACUACGUGCUAUUGGAAUUCCUGAAUAUAUGUUUACAUGUAUCUUUGCAUUAGGUCGAUGUGUAGGAUGGCUUGCUCAUUGGAAGGAAUUAGUUCAAGAUAGCCAUACUAGGAUAUGUAGACCUCGACAACUAUAUUUAGGCAAUGUUGAGAGAAAUGUUUCAGAAAAUGAUAGAAGUUUGCUAAGGAGGAGAUCUAGGGCUAGAUCUUUGGAAGAACCCUUUCAUAUAUUCCAAGCUAGAGAAGCAAAAAAAACUCAGUUAAUACAGCCUACUGAUUAUGAAUUUGAUGUAUGGGGUGAUAUCUGA